UUUUCCUUAUCUUAAUCUUCUUAGAUGCAAGGCAGUAAAGAAUGGGUCUUAUCUGAAGGACAAAUCUGCUGUUGCCCUAUCAGCAGGCACUAUUUCUGCAACUGGGCAGUAGCUGCUCAGCUGUUGUGUAGGGCAGUCAGUUCUGUUGCCAGCACACAGCGAUCCACUCCUUCCCACCAUGGAGUGCACAAUACCACCCCCAGACAGGCUCCGCAAACCACUGAUUAUCCCAUACAAGUAUAUGAUGAGUGCUGGCCCUGCAAACUGCACUCCACGUGUUCUUCAUGCUCUCUCUCAGGCUACAAUUGGUCCUCUUCAUAAGGAAGCAUAUGAGGUGCUGGAUGAUAUAAAGGCUGGUUUGCAGUAUGUCUUCCAGACAAAAAAUGAGAUGACUUUUGCAAUGUGUGGGUCAGGUACUCUGGGAAUGGAGGCAGCUUUAUUAAAUUUGUAUGAACCAGGAGAUACAGUUCUUGUUGCCUGUAAUGGUAUAUGGAGUGAAAGGGCAGCACAAGCUUCUGAAAGACAUGGGGCAACUGUACAUAUAAUAGAAACAACUCAUGGGAAGACAUUCACUUUGAAUGAGAUUGAGGAAGCAUUACAAAAGUAUAAACCACAGAUAUUUUUCAUAGUACAGGCAGAGAGCUCAAUUGGAGUUCUACAGGAUGUGCAGCAUAUUGGACCACUGUGUCAUAAAUACAACUGCCUUCUGAUUGUGGAUGCAGUAGUAGGAUUAGGUGGAGUUCCAAUAUUUGUUGACAAAUGGGACAUUGAUGUUGCUUUUGCUGGGUCGCAGAAAGCACUUGGAGCACCAACUGGUACUGCACCAAUUACUUUUGGUCCUCGUGCAGUAAAGAAGAUGAUGAAUCGUAAGACCAAAGUCCAGUGCUUCUAUAUGGAUGCAUUGGAGCAUGCUAGGAACUGGAAGAGCUUGGGGCCUGAUGUUCCCAGGGGGUAUCACUAUACUUUGGCUAUGAAUCUUCUUUUUGGAUUACGUGAAGCUCUAGCUGAAAUUGUAGAGGAAGGGUUAGAAAACAGAUGGAAGAGGCAUCAUGAAAAUGCUGAGAGAGUCCGUGCUGGUGUUCGUAAGCUUGGUCUUGAAUUUUUUCCUUGUGAGGGAGAAACGCUCCUAGACUGUGUGACAACAGUCCGUGCAAAGCCAGGAAUUGACUGGAGGAAAGUAAGACACUAUGCAAUGGAUGUUUAUAAAAUGGAUCUGCCUGGAGGAGCUGGCAAAACUGCAAGACAGCUACACAGAAUUGGUCAUAUGGGAAGCAAUGCAAACUCGUACACUGCUGAUUUCACCCUGGAAGUCCUGAAGGAUGCAAUAGAACAUUGCAAAAUAAAUGAAUGAUUUCAACAACAAAAGCCUUCUUGGGGGCAAGAACCUUUUCACAUGCCAGUUUCAAAUGAUAUCAGUGCAACAGCAUGCCUUUUUGCCCAUACUUUGCAUCCAUCUUCCUGACAGUAAAAUAAUGCAAAUAAAAACCCACUGUUCCAAGCAGCAAUUGAUGAGUGCCAAAAUCGAAGAGAGAGCUGUCUAGCACGUUUAAUGUUUAGAUGCAAAAAUGAAUGAAAGUGGACUCAUUCAAGUAAAUUAUUUUGGAAAGCAUUUACUUAACUUUUCCCUAGCUAUUUACAUCAAAAAAUGUGUAAAAAAGCUGUGUGCUACCAAAGGAAAGACAGCCAGAACACUAAAAUUAUUUGAUUCCCAUCAUAAUGCUGUGGAGCAAUUUUCAAUCUUUGAGAUUAUUCCUCAUUUAUUUUGGCAUGAUA